CGUUCAUCUCAGAAAUUCCAUCUUUCACCAUGCCUCUCAAACUCCACGAACUCACCACGGAUGCAGAGUUUCCUCCCAUCCACACAGUCGAAGUUGCAGCAUUCAAUGACCCCUUCUUUGGCUUCUUUGAAACGUUUAAAGGACCAUCGCUUGACGAGUUCUGCGCUCGCCAACUCGAAUGGCAUAAAGGCGAUCCUAGUAGUCGCUGGAUCUACGUAACCGAUGAAGAGACUGGUGAGGUAAUCGCUGGGACGCAAUGGAAUAUCUUUGAACAGAAUCCUUACGCCAAGGAAGCGGAGCCAAUGGCGCCGUAUUGGUUGCCUGAAGGUGCUUUCAAAGACGUUGCGAGCCAAGUACUUUAUCAGUUUCUGAGCAAUCGCACUGCUAAAAUGAAGGAACCUCAUAUCUUGAAUAAUUUCUGCUUCGUGCACCCUAAGCAUCGACGCCGUGGUGCAGGGCGACUGAUGAUGCAGUGGGGAGCUGACAAAGCUGAUGAACUGGGAUUGCCUGCCUAUGUCGAAGCGACUGAUGAUGGGCUUCAGUUGUAUAAAGAGUAUGGGUUCAAGGUAGAAUCUGAGUUGAGCUUGGAUCCGAGUGUGGAAAAUCCGUCUGAAGAUUUUAUCAAGACCGAAGCAGAGUAA